GCUUUGCAAUCAAAAGUCACCGCAGUGCACUGCUCCGCGACGUAUCGAAUAUUAUUUGUAAUGUCAUCUCCCGAGAAUAUCGCACGUAGUAUCCGAUGAAGAUCGUUCACUCGAUUGUCUCGGUGAUAGAAUUCGACGUGGUUCUUUAACGCGAUCGUCGUUCGUAAUGUAACUGUUUUAAAUAAAAAGAAAGCAAUAACGUAUCCGUCACCACAGUUUUACGUACGGUUCUUAUUGAUUUAUUUACUCUUCUAGUUUCUAAUCAAGCAUGGCGCUAGCCGUUUUCGACUACGUCGUGCUCGCGGUCGCGUUACUCGCGUCUGCCGCGAUCGGAUUGUAUUACCGGCUCACGGGAGGCAAACAGCAGACCGUACAGGAAUACAUGCUCGGGGACAGAAAACUGACCAUUAUACCCGUGGGGUUUUCAUUAAUGGCCAGUUUCAUGUGUACUACAUCAAUGUUUGGGCUGUGUGCCGAAAAUUAUCUGAGAGGAACGCAGUUUAUGGUCAUUAACGCAUCCAAUAUUAUCGGUACACCAAUUGUCGCUUACGUUUUCCUGCCAGUGUUCUACAAGUUGGGAUAUUUAUCUGUAUAUAAGUACUUGGAAGAGCGUUUCGGUAAGUCUACCAGGACCGUGGCGUCGGUGGCGUUCAGCGUGCAGACGAUCUUGCGCACCGCACUGGUGCUGUACGCGGCUUCGUUGGCUCUGACCGCGAUCACCGGCGUGUCGCAGACGCUGUCCAUGACCACCGUCGGCGUGCUGUGCACGUUCUACUCGGCCAUCGGCGGCAUCAAAGCCGUAAUCGUCACCGACUUGUUUCAGUCUUUGCUCAUGUUCGCAUCGGUUUUCACCGUUAUCGAAGUAGCCGCAGUCGAAGUAGGCGGCUUGUCGGAGAUCUGGAGGAUCGCUUACGAUCGCGGACGCGUGGAAUUUUUCAAUUUUCAGAUGGACCCGACGGUCAGGCACACGUGGUGGUCGCUGACGCUGGGCGGCGCGUUCACGUAUGUCUCGGUGUACGGCACCAACCAGGUGCAGGUGCAGCGGUACCUGACUAUGAAGGACUACGGGACGGUGGUGCGCACGCUGUGGUUCAGCUGGCCGAUCACCGCGUUCCUGUCGCUGUGCAUGUGCUUUGCGGGGCUGGCCGUGUUCACCAAGUACCGGGACUGCGACCCGAUCAAGGCCGGCAGAAUAGCCACCGGGGACCAGCUGAUGCCGCUGUUCGUGCUGGACGCGAUGGGCCGCACCGCCGGCCUGACCGGCCUGUUCCUGGCGGGCGUGUGCUCGUCCGCGCUGUGUUCCGUGUCCGCGGCCCUCAACUCGCUAGCUGCCGUCACGCUCGAGGACUACGUGACGCCGCUAAUCAACUUCGACAUCCCCGACCGUAGACGUGUGAUCUGGCUCAAAGUCUUGGUGAUCGGUUACGGAGCGCUGUCAAUAGCGUUGGCCUUCUGCGCGCAUUUCGUGGGACCACUGCUGCAAGCUUCGAUGACCAUAUUGGGCAUCACCGGCGGACCUAUAACGGCGGUGUUCACAUUGGGCAUACUCGUGCCGUACGUAAACCAAAAGGGGUGUUUGAUGGGUCUGGUCGUGGGAUUGCUGUUCUCGUUCGUUCUGGGUCUGGGAGGGCCUAAACCGCCGGUGAAAGAUUUGCCGACUUACGUUAACGGAUGUUUACCGAACUCGUUCAACGACUUCUAUUACAGUUCAAUGGCCACUACAACGGUGGUUCCCGAAGAAAGUUACAUGUAUUUGUUUAGGAUAAGUUAUAUGUACUUUAUUGUCAUUGGUUUCAUGAUAACAUUGGUAGUGACUUUGGUGGCAAGUUUGUUUUUCGAAUCAAACGUCAAUAACCUUGAUUCAAAACUAUUUUUCGCGUUCGUGUCAGAUGAGAUAGAAAGAAAAAACAUAGAAAGGCGAAAGAAGUAUUCAACCACAUCGAAAACUGUUACAUUUGCCAUUGAUUGUUAAAUUAUAUUAUGAAUUAAUAAACAAAAUAAGAAGCAUUUAUUAUUUCUGCCAACGUGCGAAAUAACAAUAAAGCGGGGAAAAAAUAUGUUUUUGUGAAAAUUAGUUCAUUGAUACCUUAUUUAUGGUAUCAUUAAUUUUGGUACCGUAUCGAUUUCUACGUUCCAACUUAUCAACCAACGUAUCGCAGGUUACGUACUUUUAAAAUAUAAAUUAAGUUGUACGUUCUUGUAUGUUUAAAUGUAUCAUAACUUUUUGUUUUUUUGAGUUAUAAUUUAUUUUAACAUAAAUGAUGGAUAAAACUGACGACGGUUAAAAUUGUAUUUUUUGUCGACAAUAAUUAUCGCCUACUGUUGGUGGUACUAUGGUACUAUGACGCUAUAAGUAAUAUUUAUUUUGUGGAAAAAAAAUCUACAUUGAUUAAUAUUAUAUGUAAACGAAUUAGUUUUAUAGUUACUACAGCAAAAAAAAAAAAAAUUAUGUAAAGCAAUCGUUCUCCAAUAAAAUUCCAUCAAAUUGUA